AUGACUGUGGCUUCAGUGGGAAUCAGACUCAGGACACAAAAUGCUGUACAGACCAGAGCAGAAAUUAGAGAAACAAACGAGGACCAGAAUUUAGUGGAGAAUGUGUCAAACAAUGUUUACCUGUUGGCUGUGACGUCGCUGCCUGUAGGGGGCACUACAGAGAAGCUAUGCAUCACCGUCAACCACUGUGAAUCCAUUUCACUCGUAGUGUCCCUGCAGUAUAACCACAAGAAUGUCACACUUCUACAGAAAACACUUGCAAGAGAGGAGAACUACUUCUGUAGCCCGUUCCAGGUUCCUGUUGUAACCAAGCACACUGUGGCAUUUAUAAGGAUUCAGAUUGAAGGGUCCAGAACAUUCCUGGAAAACGCGACAAAGAUCCUCAUCAGACCUCCAAAACAAGUGCUCAUCGUUAAUACAGACAAACCCAUCUACAAACCAGGACAAACAGUGAAGUUUCGCAUCAUCUCUCUGGAUAGCAGUUUCCUCACCUACAAUCAGAAGUUUCCGAAAAUAGAAAUGGAGGACCCGAACUCAAACAUCAUUGGUCAGUGGCUGAAUAUCCCCACAUCCUGCGGUCUUGUGGAUGUGUCAUAUCCCAUCAACUCUGAGGCCACAGAAGGAGUUUAUGUUAUCACAGUCUGGGACAAGAACAACAACAAGUUCGCACAAUACUUCGAAGUCAAGGACUACGUUCUGCCAAAAUUUGAAGUGACGGUCCAGCUGCCUCCAACAAUAACCAUCUUGGACACGUAUGCCAUCCUCAAAGUGUGUGCAAAAUAUGCGUACGGGAAGCCGAUGAAUGGGACGGUGAGGGCCACUGUCUGCCAUAACAACUACAAAGAGAUUCCCAUUAUCUGUAGGAAGUAUAAAAUGGAGGCACGGACUGAAAUGGAAAACAAUCCAACUUUAUUCAUGCUAUAUAAGCGCAAACCACACUACCCUACAGCCAUGCUCUUGCUUAAGGCUUUCUUUUCUGAGAGCCAGAGUUUUAUUCAACUGAAGAGCAGCUUGAAGCCUUUCAGCUGUAAUACAAAUGCGAUCAUCAAGGCUGAGUACAGGAUCCAGGAGAGUGCACUCAGACCACAGCAGAGCACCUUGACCUUCUACUACAUGGUGAUGAAUAAAGGACAUUUAGUUCAAGAAGGACAGAUUAUAGAAGCCAUUAACCCUGGAACAGAGCACAGAGGUGAACUGGUGAUUACUCUGCAGAAGAUGCUAAAGGUAACCCCUGUUGCUCAGGUGGCCGUGUAUACAAUCCUUCCCAGUGGUGAGGUCAUGGCAGACAGCAUGAACUUCCCCAUUGAGCCGUGUUUGUCAAACAAGGUGUCUCUAAAGUUUUCACCUUCUGUGGAGAUUCCUGGUGGUAAUACAACACUGACGCUGAGAGCUGCUCCAGGUUCGCUGUGUUCAGUGAAGGCAUUCGAUAAGAGUCUGCUGCUGCUGCACCCAGUGAAAGACCACAAUAUCCAAUCAGUGUUCAACAUGCUGCCUAUCCAGAAAUUAUUAGGAUAUCCAUUCAUGAUCACAGAAGAGGAUUCGAACACAUGCCAGAGGAUCCCAAGGUCCUUCACUCUUGAAGUUCCUCGAACCACUCCUCCGAGAGAUGAAAAUAUGGAUGUGUACAGCGCCUUUAAAAAGAACUCAGCAGCAAUGGAUGGAGCAGAGGAUAUAUCACUCACCCUCCAGCACCUGGUAGCAGCCGUCACCAGCCAAGAGGACACCAUGCGCCGUCAUGAAGAGGUCUUAGCCCAGUGGGGGGCUGAAAUGGGAAGACAAGUUGGCAUGCUGACCAAGAUCCACCAGGCCCUCCAACUUCGUCAACCUACACAACCAGCCCCUUCAGCCUCUUCAGCUCCUCCUGCCCCUACAGCCACAUCUUCCAACGAGCCAACAGCGUCUCUUCCUGUGCCCAGCCAUGAGCCCCGCCUGCCUGCCCCAGAGAGGUACAGUGGAGACCCUAAGGGUUGCAGGGGCUUUCUAACCCAGUGCCGUCUGUCCUUCGACCUCCAGCCUGCUGCCUACCCAACAGAGCAUUCCCGAGUGGCCUACAUCGUCACACUCUUGACUGGGAGAGCCCUGGCCUGGGCCACAGCCCUCUAUGAAAGCAACAGCCCUGUUUGUGCUUCCUUCUUGUCCUUCUCCAAGGAGAUGUUGAAGGUCUUCUCCCCAGAAGUCAGCGGUCGCACAGCAGCCAACAAACUUCUCCAACUUCGCCAAGGCCGUCAGUCGGCAGUGGACUAUGCCAUUCAGUUCCGCACCCUAGCGGUGGAAAGCGGCUGGGGAGAGCAGGCCUUGCUCGCUACCUUCUACAGUGGAUUGGCUGACCGCAUCAAGGAUGAGCUAGCUUCGUGGGAGGAGGCUGAAUACCUCGAGUCCUUGAUCUCUCUAGUCAUCUCGAGUCAUCGAGGCUGCAGGAACGAAACAAAGCCCCGAAAAGCUCCUUUUACCAAGCAGUUCCAGUCCGUAGCAGCCCAGCAGUCGACUCCUCUGAUGGAGGACCGGAGCCCAUGCAGCUGGGGGGAACUCGACUGUCUCAGGCAGAAUCACCUGCCCAGAACUCCUGGGAAAAGCCAAACCCUGUUCAGCCCCAGGAGAUCUGUGAUGGGGGUGACACUGUCUCCUGAUUUCCCAUCCACCGGAUUCUUCGUUCCUGUAACUCUCUCCUGGGAUCACCAGCUGCACUCUCUCCAGGCCUUUAUUGACUCUGGUGCUGCCGGCAAUUUCAUGGACCUCUCUCUAGCACAACAUCUUGGGAUUCCCACAUCUGGCCUUGAUCCCCCUUUGUCAGUGACUGCCUUAGAUGGAUGGCCUUUGGGUGGGGGUCUUGUCGAUCUAAUGUCCUCUACUGUUCAUGUACGGAUCGACAGUCACCAGGAGGAACUGUCAUUCCAUUUAAUCCAGUCCCCAGAGUUUCCCAUAGUCCUUGGAUUCCCCUGGCUGACUCGCCACAACCCUCAUCUAGAUUGGGGCUCACGCACGAUCCUCCAGUGGGGCCCCACUUGCCAUGCCAGCUGUCUUGUCUCAAGUACCUGUCCCGAGUUUCUCAAGCCUCUCGAGUUGUCCCAAGCCCUUCCUGAGUUGUCCCGAGUGCCUCCUGAGUAUCAUGACUUGAGAGAAGUGUUCUGGAAAGGAAAAGCAGCGGCCCUACCACCUCACAGACCCUAUGAUUGUGCCAUUGACCUGCUGCCCAGCACUUGUCCACCUAGGGGUCGCAUCUUCUCACUCUCUGCGCCAGAACGCCUAGCCAUGGAACAGUAUAUCAAGGAGUCACUGUCCUCAGGCUUCAUUCAACCCUUCUCUUCUCCAGCCGGAGCUGGCUUCUUUGUGGGCAAGAAGGAUGGAGGCCUGAGGCCUUGCAUCGAUUACAGAGGACUCAACAAGAUUACUAUCCGUAACCGUUACCCCCUGCCACUAAUGUCAUCAGUUUUCGAACUCCUGCAAAGCGCCACCAUCUUUACCAAAUUGGACCUUCGCAACGCCUACCAUCUGGUCCGAAUUCGUGAAGGAGAUGAGUGGAAGACUGCGUUUAACACCCCAACUGGCCACUAUGAAUACCAGGUCAUGCCCUUUGGACUCACAAACGCCCCUGCUGUGUUCCAGGCCCUAAUUAAUGACGUCCUUCAUGACAUGCUGAACAGAUUUGUUUUUUUUUAUUUAGAUGACAUUUUGAUUUUUUCUAAGACCCCCUCCAAGCACAUCCAGCAUGUCCGACAAGUUCUCAGUCGCCUCCUCAAGAACAACCUUUUUGUUAAAACUGAGAAAUGUGAAUUUCAUGUUCCCAAGGUGUCCUUUCUCGGCUAUGUCUCUGAGGGGAGGAUUCUCAUGGACCCUAAGAAGGUGGAAGCAGUACAGGAUUGGCCUGUCCCCAACACAAUCAAAGAGACACAGAGAUUCUUGGGCUUUGCAAAUUUCUACCGGAGGUUCAUCCAUAACUUCAGCUCCAUUGCUGCCCCCAUCUCUGCGCUCACUCGAAAAUGCCACUCCCCCUUCUCAUGGACUCCUGAGGCUGGCCAGGCAUUCAGGGCUCUCAAGCAGCGCUUCGCCUCUGCUCCCAUCCUCCAUCAUCCUGACCCCACUCGACCAUUCAUCAUGGAGGUGGAUGCCUCUAAUGUAGGGUUUGGAGCAGUCUUAUCCCAGAGAUCCUCUGACGGCAAAGUCCACCCUUGUGCCUAUUUCUCUCGCAAGUUCUCACAAUUUGUGCGGCCGUGUCGGCGUAUGUGGGGUAGAGCCAGAUGUGCCUUGCUGAAAGCCUCCCGACAGUACCAGCAGCAGUCCAAUCGCCGUCGGAGGUUGAUCACCUUCCGACCUGGCCAGAGGGUCUGGCUUUCAGCUCGGGAUCUUCCUCUGAGGGUGGAGUACCGGAAGCUGGCGCCGCGGUUCAUUGGUCCCUUCAAGGUGCUCCGCCGGGUCAACCCUGUGGCCUACACUCUACAGCUGCCCCGCUCCAUGAGGGUCCACCCGACCUUCCAUGUCUCCCGUCUCCACCCAGUGGUCACUUCACCGCUGUCUCCUGCUCCUCGGCCACCGCCACCUCCUCGGCUCAUCGAUGGCCGGGCCACGUACACGGUCAACCGGCUCCUGGAUUCCCACUGUGUCCGUGGGUCUCUUCAGUAUCUGGUGGACUGGGAGGGGUAUGGGCCGGAGGAGCGCUCCUGGGUGCCGUCCAGAGACAUACUUGACCACUCCUUGAUUAUUGGAAUCAAGAUCAUCUCUAAUGGGAACAUAAAGAGACCUUCAGCAUCAUACAGCCAAAUUUACGACCAGCCAUCUACAACCCAAUCAGAAGCCAAAACAGUUGUUUCCAUCCACAAUGUUUUCCCAGAGACGUGGAUUUGGGAUCUUGUUCCAGUCAGUCAAUCUGGAACGAUUGCCAUUAAUAAAACAGUUCCAGACUCCAUCACUACAUGGCAGGCUGGUGCAUUUUGUACAUCACCUAAUGGAUUUGGAGUCGCCCCGAUAGCUGAGGUCACUGCCUUCCAGCCUUUCUUUGUGAGUCUCACCAUGCCAAGCUCCAUCAUCCGAGAAGAAGCGUUCACACUCAAAGCCACUGUCUUCAACAAUCUCCAAAGCUGUAUGAUGGUGAAGGUGACUUUGGCCGAUUCACAUCAGUUCUUCGCAGAAAUUCAGAAUAAAUGCAUAGAGAUACAAUGUCUGUGUGCUGGUGAGAGCUGGACCUUCUCCUGGACCAUCACACCUCUGGUUCUUGGGGAGGUGAGCAUCAGUGUGACAGCAGAAGCCAUUCACUCAUCGAUUCUCUGUGGGAAGAGUAAACCUUCUGUUCCAGAGAAAGGACGCAUCGACACAGUCAUUAAAACACUGCAAGUGAAGGCUGAAGGAAUCAAACAGUGUAAAGCUGAAAAUAAGCUUCUCUGCCCAUCAGGUGGAGUUAAGGAGAUGGUCUCACUAACCCUGCCUGAUGUAUUUGUGAAUGGUUCAGCCAUGGCUUCAGUCUCUGUGCUGGGAGAUCUAAUGGGCCGAGCUCUACAGAACCUGGACAGUCUCCUGGCAAUGCCGUAUGGCUGUGGAGAGCAGAACAUUUUACGUUUCGCCCCCAACAUCUAUAUCCUGGACUACCUGAAAAGCACCAACCAGCUCACACCUGAGAUCAGGAGAAAAGCUCAGAACUACCUCCUGAGCGGGUAUCAGAGACAACUCAACUACAGACACAAUGAUGGAUCUUACAGUGCUUUUGGGAUGAGCGAUAACUCAGGAAACACAUGGCUGACUGCGACAGUGAUGAAGUCUUUCGGACAUGCGAAGCGAUACAUCUAUAUAGAUCAGGUGCAUGUGGUUCGGGCAAAGACCUGGCUCAGUGAACAGCAGAAGGCUAAUGGAUGCUUUACUUCAGUGGGACAACUCUUCCAGAGCAACAUGAAGGGAGGAGUGAAUAAUGAUGUGACCCUCACAGCGUACAUCACAGCUGCAAUGCUGGAACUCAAUUAUACAAUUACAGAUCCUGUGGUGAGAAACGGUCUUAAAUGCCUGAUGAAUGCGUCCGCUCAGGUGAACUCCACCUACACCAAAGCUCUCCUUUUCUACACCUUCACCCUAGCUGGAGAUCAGGGAAUGAGCACCACACUCAUGUCAGAGCUGGAUGAAGUGGCCAUAACCUCAGGGGGUGGGAGACACUGGAGCUCAGUGAAUGAUGGGAUCAAGAUGGACUCUUUGGAGGUGGAGAUGACUUCAUAUGUUCUUCUGGCUCUGUUGUCUGGACCCCAGAUGCCUGGGUUUGAUCUGAGUUACAGUGCCAGCAUCGUCCACUGGCUUUCUCGGCAGCAGAACGCUUUGGGGGGCUUUGUGUCUACACAGGACACCGUCGUGGCUCUCCAGGCCCUGGCGAAAUACAGUACCGCCACCUACAGACCAGAAGGACUCAUUACUGUUUCUGUAACAUCACCAUCAGGGCUGAUUACCUCAUUUGCAGUCACUCAGAGUAACAGGUUGCUGUAUCAGGAGAGUCAGCUGAAGGAGGUUCCUGGAGAUUACAGAAUCAAAGCAGAAGGGAAAGGCUGUGUGUACGUGCAGUUCACUUUGAGCUACAAUAUCCCUCCUCCUCCUGAUCGCUCUUCAUUCAGCAUCUCAGCCUCAGUGUCUGGAAACUGCAGGGUCCCAAAUCCAUCUCUGAAUGUGACCAUUACUGUCAUGUAUACCGGUCAGCGUGAGGAUACCAACAUGGUGGUCAUUGAAGUCAAGCCUCUUUCUGGAUUCAGUGUGGACUUGAACUCUGUGCAGCUCAUGAACGGCAAAUCAAACAUGACUGAUGGAGUUGUGAAACGUGUGGAUCAAACUGAUGGUAAUGCAAUCAUCUACCUGAAUAAACUGAAUAAAGAAGUGGAGAAGGUGUACACCCUGACGAUUGUACAGAACCUUCCAGUGAAGAACCUAAAACCUGCUGUUGUGAAGGUUUAUGACUACUACAAGCCCGACGAGAAAGCUGCAACUGAGUACACCUCUCCAUGUUCAGUUCAGUGA